AUGGAAAGGUUACUUAAAGCUGAAUAUGGAUGGAGCGGCCCAGGGAAACCCAGUUCUAACCCGGAGAGUCUAAAGAGGAGAAGAUGUGAUGGUGGAAAAUUUAAUUUUUUGGAGCGUUUUUUGGGAAUUGCACGCCUACUCUCACAGAUGGUUGAGCCGAUGUUGAAGGCUGCUACUCUAAAGAGGAGAAGAUGUGAUGGUGGAAAAUUUAAUUUUUUGGAGCGUUUUUUGGGAAUUGCACGCCUACUCUCACAGAUGGUUGAGCCGAUGUUGAAGGCUGCUACAGAGAUAUCUACUUUGCUUGCUCGAUCUUUUUUCAUGGGAUUUUCGCUAACAAUUUUGUCUUUGCUUGGACGCCUUCGAGUUUUAGUUCAGCAAGUCUUACUUGACGUUGUUUUGGUAUUCAACAUGGUUUCUUCUCUUUCUCAAAAGGAACAGACAGUAAAAAUAAAUCAAGAAGGAUUUGAGGUUUUCAGAGAGUAUUACCCAAUAAAUGAGCAAUCUGUCUCCCUGGAGUGUGGUUGGGAAACAGAUAAGUUUGUAUUGGUUGAGAGGAUCAAUAAAAGCGAAAGCAAAUACCGAGAAAAGAAUAUUGGAGAAGAUAUUUCUCUGGGAGAGUCCACAAUACAGUAUCAAAGCAUUGAGGUUUUGCUUGGAGAUGAUGGAUCUGUUAAGACGAACUUGAGCUCUGCCUCUGAAGAAGGUCUAGCUAACAUCAAGCAAGAUGAUACUAGUUUAUUGGUGGGUCCUGUCAUUGAGAGCAAUAAUGGGAUACAGCUUGCAGAUGGCUCAGGUGUUGCAGGACCUCCCAUGGCGAACCUUUCCCCAGAAAGUGGCUUGCUUACGAGUUCAGGUUCAUCCCCUCGUUCAAAUCCUUCACAACUUAGAUCUGGGUCAAGAAGUAAAGUUGCAUUUGUAUCUGUGAAAAGACCUGCGCCAUCGACAACAAAGGAAUUGGAUUUUCACAUGAAGGAAACAGGGACCAAUGAUGGUGACAAGGGAGAUCCAUUUUUUGGUUUGCUUACCCAUGGAAACUUGAAGAAUAGUCUCUUCUGA